GCAUGCAGUGUCUUAUUCAAAAUGUACUGCAUAUUAAAAUGUAUAUAAUAUGGUAUCAAUUAUGUACAUCCGUACUUACCAUCAAUUUAAACAUUGACAAGGAAUUUGACACAUUUACUAAAACGUAAAAUGACCGCCACUUCCUUCCCGGUGAGUUCGUGCGGUUUCGUCCAGUUUCGUCCUUCCGUUUUUUACAACGUACAUACCCUUCGUCUCUUGAUCGUAUUUUGUACUGUUCCGUUGAGCUAAGUACAUGAAGUGCCUCGAUGUUAAAAAUGUGUCACGUGCUCUUUCAAUUCGACUUCCAAACAAGCGUACCCUAUUUCAUUGGGUCACCCUUGUAUUUAACCGCGUCGACGAAGAAAGACUUGCUAAACUGGGGCCCGACCGGGCCUGUGCAGAGUGGCUUUUGAGAAACGGAGCUGCGGUCCUAUGGAAGAACUCAAAUGAGUAUAUGGCUGAUUACAAUUCCUUACCACCAGAAAAUCAGCGUUUCUACAUUCAAGCUGUAGAUGCUACAGAUUCAGCAAUUCACCAUUCAGGCUUUCAACACUUCAGGGGAUGUAAAUUUAUUGAGGAUGUUAAACUCAUACGUUGCUCUUAUGUAGAAGACGAAGCUCUACCAAAACUAUCUUUUUUAAAAACAUCUUUAACUCAUCUUGAAAUCUUGGAUUGUGCAAACGUAACCGAAGAAGGUUUAUUCAGCUUAAAAAAUCUGUCGAAUCUGAAAGUGCUGAAACUUGGAGGCAUGCCAUAUGUUAAAAAUAAAGAUACUAUUAUGGACCAGCUGACAAAAGCUUUACCUCAGUGUAAACUUAAAUAUGAUUAGCUCGGAAUGUAGAAAUUUGAUAUAGGUUUCGUCUAUAUUCGCACUUCUUUAAUAAUUGUAUCUCUUUUUUAGAUGACUUCGAAAUCUGUAGAAAAUAAAACACUCCCAUCAACAAUGCUCAUUUAAUGCCAAACAAACGGUAAAUUUUGCCUUUUUCUUUUAA